UAUAUUAUUUAACGGGUAGGAACCUGUAAAUAGAGGACAUAUUUUCUUAUUUGUAUCUGUUUGUGUCUCUUCAAAUAUAAAAAUCAAUGACAAGGGCUAUUUGCGAUUCACGGGCGAAUUAUGUGUAACGUUUAAUAAUGUUGUUUGUUUUUCGGCUAAACACAUUAUAGAGACAAAGAUUUUAAGUAAUGUUUUUUUUUCUGUUAAAAUACAAACACUUUAGGUCUGGAUUAGCCAAUGGGACGACUUUAAAUUUAGCAUAUCAUUUGUUAUAAAAGCCAUUCAUAGAUACAAUGGGUGAUUCAUUUUCAUGUGCUAGUGCGAGUGUGGGUGCGGGUGCAAAGUUGUCUGAUAAAAAAGGUCUUGAAGAGGUUUAUAAAUGGUUUCAGCAAGUCGAUGAUCACUCAGAUGAUGAACACAUUGUGAUACCAAGACAAAAGUUUAACGAAUGCUUUGAACUAGUAAAGGAGAUGCUACAUAAUGAUGAGCACGGAAAUGAACCGUACAAUAUGUCACAAAGUCCAGUACAGAUACUUGUUACUAGAAGCACCACGGCAUCCUCGAAGUUUGCGAACACGUUGCGGUAUGAGUUAAAAAAACAGGGUCGCAUUGAUGCUACUGUUAUUGAAACAUUUGAAGGGACACAUCCAACAACAAUUUUAAUUCUUGUUUGCAACACAUUCCUGUCCGGAUCCACUCAUACCACUGUUGAACAGUGUCUGAAAGACAUACCAGAAGAUAACUAUAAAAACAUUAUUCUGAUUAUUCUACACGUUACGAGAGAGGAUAAACUUCCAAGACUGUCUUCAUGUAGCGAGAUUAAAGGGAUAGAAAAGUUUAGAAAUAUUGGAAAGGUGGUAGACAUAGGUUUCGACGAAAGUAACAUAUAUCCGUGUGAUACGAAUACAAAAGCAAUUAGACACAUUUUGCAGUUCUGUAGGGAAUUUCGUCAUUCUAACCAUAAGGUAAAUCAGGCCCAAAGCUUGAUUGUUUCUACCUCUAAUCGGGAUAGAAUGCAACCACAUGACGUAAUGGAUUCUGCAUCAUUUAAUGAGACAAAGAAUCUCAAAGAUUCAAUGGUUCCUGCCGCUCCUAACGAGACAAACAAUCUCGAAGAUUCCAUUGUUCCUGCCGCUCCUAAGGUGACAAAGAAUAACAAAGAUUCUAUGAUUUCUGCCGCUCCUAAGACGAUAAAGAAUAUCAAAGAUUCGAUUGUUCUUGCCUCCCAUAAGGAGACAAAUAAUAUCAAAGAUUCCAUGGUUAUUGCCGCUCCUAAGGAAGAAAAACAUCUCAAAGAUUCCAUGGUUUCUUCUGCUCCUAAAAAAGCAAGGAAUCUCAAUGAUUCCUUGGUUCCAGCUUCCCCUAAGGAGACAAAGAAUCUCAAAGAUUCCAUGGUUCCUGCCGCUCCUAUGGAGACAAAUGGAGAUCCAAUGGAUAAUGCCUUUGACCAGGGACAAACUUCUGAAUUCAAAGUCAAGCAAUUUGAAACUGAGCAAAGAUGCACCAUUGGUCUCGAGAGCAAAUAUGGAGACUCCUACAAAAAGGUUUAUUUGAUCACCCCGUCUAACUCGAAUGCACAGUCAACCUUUGUUGAAAUAUUUCAAAACAAAAUGAAGGAUUUGGGAAUCGAGAUUGAUGUAAAGGAGCCCAGAGAAGCUAAAAACCUCGACCAUGAUCUUUUGUUGAUAAUAGUUUGCAUUGCUACAUCCCGCAUUGAAUCUGACAUAAAUAGUUGCUGUGAUGAAGACUUAAGAGCCGUUAGCCAAAGAACAAUAUUGAUAGUUUUGCAUGUUGUUAGAGAAGGGAAAGAGCCAAAAAUACCUACAGAGGCGAAAAUAAAAAGCGACAGCAUUUUUACAAAUUCUCCAAAGUCUAAGAUUAUCGACAUUGCUUUUGAUACCAAUUCUGGAAUGUAUGAUUGUACAAUGAACAACAUUGCGGAAGGUUUUUUGUUUAAUCUUCAUGAAAAUAUGACUCCCCUUACAAGCUAAAAUUAUUUGACAUACUUUUUUUCAGUUGAACAUUUUCCCCUUUUUUUCAUCUCUCUCUCUUUCUUUAGUUGUAUUAUGUUUUAAGCGUUAACAUUAGUAUUCAGAAUAUAUACAGAAAAACAAUUCACAAAAAUAAAAGGUUUCUUUGCAGAAGGACAAACAAAUGUAUGUUUGUGCGUUAUUUGCAUUUCUGUCAAUGGCAACUGUUUUGUUGUGAUCACAAUUGAUCAAACUUGCUAUCUAGAUAGUAGAAGGUUAUAAAAUGUGAUUUAAAAAUAUUCCAUGAAUCUUGCCGCACCUAAGGAAACAAAGACUCUCGGAGAUUCCCUGGUUCCUGGGAAAAAGAGUUAUUGACAUAAAUUCUAUGAUAGUGUAUUAAUUUUUUUUUCUCUCUAUUGUUGUCGAAGUUGGUCUUUUCCUUUUCCUUUUGUUUUCAAUGCUGUACAUCGAUAUUAAUGCCUUUAUACACUUUUGUAUUUUUAAGGACGUUGCAAACGAAUCUUUUGUAUAAGUGUAUCAACACCAUAAGUACCUUUAUUAUCAAUAUGUUAUUUAACACUUGUUAUGUUUAACUUAUUCAUUCUUCUAAUAAGAUACAAAAUUAUAUUUAUUCAAUAUGUAAUAAAAAAAAAAACAAUCGUAAGAUGGUAAAAAACUCGUUUAACUAUUUGGGAAUAUAUCAUGGAAAGUGUCAUAAAUCUCAAAUAGUAUUAAGACAUAAAGAUUCAUUUUUGUGUGUCAAUGUAAAUAAAUACGACUCUAUACGAUAA